AUGGCCGAACAACAAGCGCAGCAGCAACAACGAGCAUCUCUCAGAGCUGAGGAAUUUCCAUCGCUGAUGUCAGCAACCGCAACAUCUGCCGGCCCAGCUGGUCGCCGAGCGUCACGUUCCGUCUCGAAGCGCAGGGCCAGCGAGAGUAGACAGCGUAGCCUUAGCCGUAAGCGAUCGCAGUCACGUGACCGCGUGACCUGGGCCGAUGCAGCAAGGCACGGUGCCAAGAAAGCACAGGGGGUUGCCACCACCACCACCACCUCCAAUACCGCAACGACCACCGCAACGACCAAGACCAUUAGCACCAGCAAGACCGUCGAUGGCAACAACAACAGCAAGACGAGGGAAGACGAGGCGAUGAGGACGUUGAAGGAAGCCAACGAGGCACUCAGGCGCAAAAACAACGAGCUCGAGACGAAAGUCAGUAGGCAAGAGGCCACUAUUAGCAAGAUGGCAAACGAGAUCAUGGAAAUCAAGAAGCUUCUGACGACCCGUUCCACCAAUAACGAAACACCCCAAGCGGUAUCAUGUGAACCAACACCCAGCAUCAGCAGCGCUGUACCAUCAACAUCCGCUGAGAAAGAACCGGCACCCAAGAGACGAGCGAUCGAGAACCUGAAGGAGCGCAAGCUCAACGACCGGGUGGACAACCUGAAAGACAAGGUCGACCAAAUCGAGGAACACCUCGACGGGCUCGAAGAUUAUAUUAAGACAACGUUCACCACGAUGAUUAACGACAGGUUCGCCGCCAUCGAGCGGGCGUCAACAGCAACAACUACAGCAGUGAAGGGUCUCGUGACCUGGCACUGGAACUGCAACGGUUUCGCUAGCAAGAAGGCAGUCUUGCAGCAACACAUAACACAAGUACCAAGCAAGCCUGAUAUAAUCAUGAUACAAGAGACUCGCAGUGAUGCAGUGUCGCUACCCGGUUAUCGGGUAUACGCCAAGUCUCCAAAGGUCAGCGGCGGUAGAGGGAUAUGCACAUUGGUUCGCAAGGGACUCACCUUCAUUGAGCACGAGUUGCACAAUAGUAAAAUUGAAUACACUCUCAUCGAGGUCGUUACGGGCAAGAAACAAAAGAACAGCACCUUUCUGCUUAACGUCUACAGUAGCCCUUCCCACUGGAAGCAAAAAUUCAAGACGCUCCUUCACAGAGCCAGCACCGUGGCGGGGACUCACAGGCUCGUCGCCUGCGGGGACUUCAACGCGGCACACCCGGCAUGGGGAUAUAACAAGCAAUUGGCCAAGGGGCGAGACCUGUUCCAAGACUCAUUAGACCUGGGCUUCACCCUCAUCACAGACCCGACUGAUCCUACAAGGAUUGGGAACUCUGGGUCCAGGGAUACGACGCCGGACCUCACGUUCGUGAAGAACGACGAGAAGGGGAAUAUCUCCUGGCGCAACACGGGGUCAGAGCUCGGCAGCGACCACUACAUCGUAGAGGUCAUCAUACGGGAUGAGGUCAAGGCCUCGGAGGACACCAGAAAACAUAAUUUUACGGAUUGGGAUGCGUUCCGUAGCCUGUUACCAACGGAGAUGGAGGAAAUCGAGAACAUAGAGGAAUGGUCAGCCCACAUCGCGGGGAAGGUCAAGGAGGCGACCAAAAUCAUAGAAACGGAUGAGCAGGUCGACAAGGUUGACAGCCGCCUCGCGCACUUAUUCGAAUCAAAGCAAUCUAUCCUAAACAGGUGGAAGAAGCAACGACUAAAUCGGCGCCUAAGGAAGAAGGUGGCGGAGCUGAAUCGCGCCAUCGAAGUUCAUUGUCGGCUGCUCUGUACGCAACAAAGGAAUGAAAUAUGUAAUGCUGCGGACGGGCAGAUGCAAUGCGGCAAAACCUGGAACUUGAUGCGGCAUCUGCUCGAUGAGACUAAAACAAAAUCCCACCAACGCGACCGCCUCGCAAAGAUCAUUCACAGAGCAGUCAAGGAAAACGGGGAAACUGAAGUAAUCAGACGCAUAAACAGCAAAUACCUUCCGGUUACACCCACGGAAAGGCAUCCUGAGUACGGCGGUCAAGCCAACGAGAGGCUUGACCGCGACAUCACCGUCGAGGAGGUGCGAGCGGCCCUGCACGAACUAAACAGCAAGUCGGCGGCCGGCCCGGAUCACAUCUCGAACAGAGCGCUCAAGAACCUCAGCGAUGUGGCCAUCGAAAACCUCACCGGUUACUACAACAAGUGCUGGAGUGCGGGGUCACUGCCCCAGCAGUGGAAGACUGCCAAGACCAUACUCAUCCCCAAACCAGGCAAGCCGCCGAACACGGACAACCUCCGGCCCAUCUCGCUCACGUCCUGCGUGGGCAAGGUGUUGGAGCACGUCCUCAUGUGUAGGUGGCAGGAUUACCUGGAGGAGUCGGGACUAUACCCCACCACGAUCAUCGGGUUUCGGCGUUCCCUCGGCACCCAAGACGCGAUGAUUCUGUUGAAGCAAGAUAUCAUUGACGAUGACACCCUAACGAAAGACAACAAGGCCAUUCUGGGGCUGGACCUGCAGAGCGCCUUCGACAAGGUGAAGCACUCUGCGAUCCUAGCCCAGGUGUCCAGACUCAACAUGGGCGCAAGAACAUACAAUUACAUCAAGGACUUUCUGACGGGGCGGACUACCGAGCUCUGCGCCGGCGAUAUACGGCUCCAAGAGAAGAGGCUCGGCAGUGUCGGGACCCCCCAGGGCUCGGUCAUCUCGCCGUUGUUAUUCAACCUCGUUAUGAUCGGGGUGGCCAAGCGACUAUCCCGCGUCGAGGGCGUCCGGCACACCAUCUACGCCGAUGACAUCACGCUGUGGGUUCCGGGAGGCAGCGAUGGUCACAUUGAGAGCACGCUGCAAGAAGCCGUCGACGCGAUCGAAGACCAGCUGAACGGUUCCGGUUUGAUCUGCUCACCGAGCAAGUCAGAACUGCUGGUGUUACCACCGAAGUACGUCAGACGUAAGAAGAGCGAAGCGAGGGAUUACGAGGCCAUCAAGAUCGUGACGAGGAACGGCCACGUGAUCCCGGAAGUCGACAAAAUCCGGGUGCUCGGCAUGAUUAUAGACAAGCGACGGGGCAACGGCGAGACUAUUUCCCGCCUUACAGCCAAGAUUACCAACGCAAUACGUCUCAUCAGACGGGUUGCCAACCGCAAGGCCGGGAUGAAGGAGGAAAGCUUGAUUCGGCUUGUGCACUCCUUCGUAAUCAGCCACGUCACCUACAUUGCAGCCUUCCACAACUGGAUGCAAUGUGAAAGGAAUAAAAUCAACGCCUUGAUACGCCGAGCUUACAAGGCGGCGCUCGGACUAUUCGAGUGUACGAACACCAACAAGCUCCUGAGCCUGGUGGUACACCAUACCCUCGAGGAAAUUGCGGAAGCGCAACGGACCGCCCAGCUGGAGCGGCUCUCUAUGACCGAAGCCGGCAGGCGCAUACUCCAAUACUUUGGCUUCACGCCCGGAGCGAAAGCGGCGAGUAGCAACGUUUCUGUCCCGGACGCAACCCGGCGCCGGAUUCGGGUGGACCUCAUCCCGAGAAACAUGAACCCGGAGUAUAACAAGGAGAGAAGAGCGGCGAGGGCCAAGGCCCUCAUCGACUUUCACGCCAAGGACGAGCACGCAAGGUUCGUGGAUGCGGCAGAAUAUCAGGGAGACUACGCGGCGUUCGUAGCUACCGUCAUCGAGGCGUCGUCCGGCGCGACCAGGGCAGCGGCGAGCUUACGGCUCCGCGAGGCGUGUCAGGCGGAGGAGGUGGCCAUUGCCCUGGCCAUUGCCGACCCUGGGUGCCAGACAGUGUUGUGCGAUUCGCGAAGUGCAGUGCGGAAUUAUGCAAAGGGAAAAGUGUGUGGUGAGGCUGUGCGCGUUCUGUGCUCGGCUGACCUGCAACGACAGAAUCGGUAUGUUAGAAUCAAGUGGUUCCCGGCGCACGCGGGCAACGAUGCGUCCGAGAAGCACGAUAACCACAACGAGACGGCACACGCAGUGGCGCGAGCGCUAACCAACCGCGCCGCUACAACCGACCGUCCAACGUGGUGUAGUGCAAAGGAUCGCAUGACGACGUUCAACGAACUCACACAGUUCCACCGCCUGGCUCGAAGGACUUUCCCACCCCCGCACCCGGGGCUGAGCCGAGCGGAGGCGGUGCUGUUCAGACAAUUGCAAACUGGUUCUUUACCCACCCCAGUGUUAAUGACUCAUCUAUACCCUAAAUUAUACGUGAGUGAUGUGUGACGCGUGUGCCAGCGGGAGAGGGCCACCCUGACGCACAUCCUAUGGGAUUGCACCAAGUUCCCCAAUGAGGCUACGACAAGUACAACGAUUCCGCCGCGACUCGCGGCUGCGGCGGAAUGCUACGACCACGAAAGCCAAACCUGGGCCGUCCAGCAGGUCUCGGCGGCUCUUGAAAGACAAAGGCCGAGCGAAACCGACGGAACGUUGCCCCUCAGGGCGACCGACCGCGGGAGUAACACGCGCUGGAGUUGAGUAGAGACCACCCGCUGAGAAGACGUCAGGGCCCGCGUCACGGUGCCAUUUAGUCAUGGUGUCGUUCUGCAGGCGACUACAUGAAGU